GACGGACGGACGCCGUUGCAGUCCCGCUUGGCCUUGGCCGCUUCCCUCUCCCACCUUUUGUUUUGGCCACUACCACUACUAGUAGCAGCAGCCCCCCGCCCCCCGCCCCCCCGGCCAUCCAGACCAUCGACACACACCCAUCCAUCAUUCAUGGCCAUUGCCGCCAUGCCCCGCCGCGCCGCGCCGUCUCCCCCGCCCCGCCCCUAGCCACCCACCCGCCCGCCCGCCCCGCUUCAUUAACCUCUUCGCCUGCGUCCAUCCGUCUCCGACCGUCCACACCGCCUUGCGCUCCAGCUUCUCGCUGCCUCGGAUGGCGGGGAUCGACCUCAACACCGUGGAGGAGGACGAGGAGGAGUCGUCCGCUGAGCCGCUGCUCGCCGGGACCGGCUGCGGCGGGGACUGCUCCUCCCAGUCCCACUCCCACUCCCACUCGCAGACGCAGUCGGGCUACAACGGCCAGGCGAGCUCCCCCGUGGCGACGCCGCCGUCGCGGCCCAGCGCGGUGUGCCUCGAGCUCUGGCACGCCUGCGCGGGGCCGGUGGCACCCAUGCCGCGCAAGGGCAGCGUCGUCGUCUACCUCCCGCAGGGCCACCUCGACCACCUCGGCGACGCGCCCGCGCACGCCGCGGCUUCGCCCGCCGCCGCCGUGCCGCCCCACGUCUUCUGCCGCGUCGUCGACGUCACGCUCCACGCGGACGCGACCACGGACGAGGUGUACGCGCAGCUCUCCCUGCUCCCCGAGAACGAGGAGCUUGUCCGGCGGAUGCGCGAGGCCACGGACGACGUGAGCGGCGGCGAGGACGGCGAGACCGUCAAGCAGCGCUUCGCGAGGAUGCCGCACAUGUUCUGCAAGACGCUCACCGCCUCCGACACCAGCACCCACGGCGGCUUCUCCGUGCCGCGCCGCGCCGCCGAGGACUGCUUCCCCCAUCUGGACUACAACCAGCAGCGGCCGUCUCAGGAGCUGGUCGCCAAGGAUUUGCACGGCACCGAGUGGAAGUUCCGCCACAUCUAUCGAGGCCAGCCGCGCAGGCACCUUCUAACCACCGGAUGGAGUGCAUUUGUCAACAAGAAGAAGCUUGUCUCCGGGGAUGCUGUCCUCUUUCUGCGGGGCGACGAUGGGGAGCUUAGACUGGGAGUACGCCGUGCGGUUCAGCUGAAAAAUGGAUCCGCUUUUCCGGCGCUAUAUAGCCAAUGCUCGAACCUUGGUACACUAGCUAAUGUCACACAUGCUGUGUCUACAAAGAGCAUGUUCCAGAUCUUCUAUAACCCCAGGUUAAGUCAAUCUGAAUUCAUCGUACCCUACUGGAAGUUUACCAAAAGCAUCAGUCAACCAUUUUCUGUUGGCUGGAGGUUCAAAAUGAGAUAUGAAAGUGAGGAUGCUGCUGAAAGAAGGUACACAGGGAUAAUUACUGGAACUGUUGAUGCAGACCCUAGGUGGCGUGGUUCAAAAUGGAAAUGCCUGCUGGUAAGGUGGGAUGAUGAUGGUGAAUUCCGUCGGCCAAACAGGUUGUCUCCUUGGGAGAUUGAGCUGACCAGUGCAGCUUCAGGAUCCCAUCUGGCUGCACCAACUUCUAAGCGGAUGAAACCAUAUCUUCCGCAUGCUAAUCCAGAGUACACGGUCCCGUAUGGAGGUGGUCGCCCUGAUUUUGCAGAGUCUGCACAACUCCGCAAGGUCUUGCAAGGUCAAGAAUUAUUGGGUUAUAGAACUCAUGAUGGUACUGCUGUUGCUACUUCACAGCCAUGUGAAGCAAGAAACUUGCAGUACAUCGAUGAACGAGGUUGCUCUAAUAAUGGGAGUAACAAUGUCCUAGGGGGGGUCCCAAGCCAUGGUGUGAGAACACCACUUGGGAUUCCCUACCAUUGCUCUGGCUUUGGGGAGUCUCAGAGAUUCCAAAAGGUCUUGCAAGGUCAAGAAGUUUUCCGUCCGUACCGAGGAAGUCUGGUUGAUGCGCGCAUGAGAAGUGGCGGCUUUCAUCAACAGGAUGGUCCUUAUGCAUCUGCCCUGUUGGAUAAAUGGCGCGCGCAACAACAGCAUGCAUUCGGUUACGGGCCACCAGCACAAGUUCUGCCGUCUCAGCCAUCGUUAUCACCACCUUCUGUUCUGAUGUUUCAGAAGGCUGAUCCAAAGGUCUCUCGAUUUGAGUUCGGGCAUGGGCACAUGGAUAAGAAUGAGGAUGAUUGGUAUGCUAGGUUUGUCUCUGCUGAAGGCGUUGGAAGGGCAGAGCAAGCAUCGUCGCUCCGGCCUCAUCUUGGUUCGGGAGAAGUGAUCGAUAGCCGUGUUGCAGUUGAGAAUACGGGUGCUGCACCUACCAACAGUUGCAAGAUAUUUGGCAUCUCCCUGGCUGAAAAGGUCCGAGCAAGGGAUGAGAUGGUUUGUGAUGAUGGUGGUGCCAACUACUCAUCUCCAACCCAGCCCUUGAAAUCCCUCGGCAACAGUUGUGCCACUGUUCAUGAGCAGAGGCCUGUUGUUGGCAGGGCGAUUGACGUCCAGCAAUGGAUAUGAAGCUCUGAUCUAGGGGGCGGGCAGGCGGGCUGGAUGCGCGAGUCGAUCAUCGUCAUCUGCUGGUGAUUCUUGAUUUGGAAGCAGAGAAGCGUCUGUUCUGACCAUUUCCAGUCGAACCUUGUGUAUCUUUGAGUAGUCGUAUGAUAACCGGUGGAGUUGUUGUUAUUCGGUGACCUAGUACUUAGUUGGCCAUCAUCAGCCGUGACUUUUGGCUGCUGGAACUACCCUAUAUCAUUAAUAUGUAUGCUGUGGGAGGCCAUUUAGCCCAAAUUUCAAUGUCUUGCUUUGCUCC